CAGAUAGAAGAGGUCAUGAGAGGAGGCAUGACGCCAUGUUCGCCAUGUUUUGAUGUCGUCAUUCCCCCCCGAUCGCUGUUUCGCCGUGCAGCACGAUAGAGUCCGUGUUUUUUUGGCGUGUGCCGUGUUCUGUGCACCGCACGUUCUCGGUGGUUUGCAGUGAUACGGCCUGUCAUCGAUCAAUGUUGCAGUGUCCCUGGUGGCCUGUCAAUUUGCAUGCCAGCCGCGCGGGAGCUGGAUAACCCUUCUUGAUUUCGUCUCCGUACAGAGUUCAUUGUGAGUAAGCGUGGCCGAAAGGACGUUUUCAUGUCCGCGGAAGUAGUUGCGGUACGGGGGGGAUCCGUAAGCAUCGUUCACACAGUGGUCGUGUCCUAGUGCGGGGGAGAGAUCGAUCGCUGUCGUCGCCACCGCCACUCUUCGCUAGCACUGCCUCGUCGUCGCUCGUUCCCGAUCUCAUCGACCGACGGCGUUUUCCCUCGGCGCUGUGCGUGGUUACGUCACGUCAUCCCAGGAAGGCGGACCCGAGCGGAUCCUCCGAGUCCGUGCGGGACAGUGAGAGCGUUCUACGUGCGUGCGUGCGUGCGUACGUACGUACGUGCCGUGCGUGCGUGCGUGCGCGCGCCCGCCCGCUCGCCCGCUCGUCGCAUACAUCUCCUCUUUGCAUCGAGUACACAGAGUCACACGAGGGAAAGGACUCGUUAAGUAAAAAUGGAGCUGCGCUUGCACUCGCCAGCAGGAGCGGAACCGAUCGUGUAUCAGUGGCCUCUUACUUCUGGAUCGGGCUCUGAUCGUCAUGAUGGAGCGCUGGAUGUUAUUGAAACUAUGCGAUGGGUUUGCGAAGAUUUGCCAGAUCUGAAAUUACCCUUGGAGAAUAACAUUCUCUGUGACUACGAUCCAAGAGAUUACGAAAGUAUGAAAAGCUUGUGCGAUAGAUUUAACAGAGCCAUCGAUAGUUUAGUACAAUUGGAAAAAGGCACCAGCCUGCCAUCUCAGAGACUAAAUAAAAGACCUAGUAGAGGUUUACUUCGUCAUAUACUUCAACAAACUUAUAAUCAAGCUGUGGUCGAACCAGAUAAAUUAAAUCAAUACGAGCCUUUUUCACCUGAGGUGUACGGUGAAACAAGUUACGAGCUUGUGUGUCAGAUGAUCGAUCAAAUUGACGUGACGGAGGACGAUGUCUUUGUCGACUUAGGUUCUGGAGUUGGUCAAGUGGUUCUUCAAAUGGCAGCUGCGACUUUGUGUAAAAUUUGCAUUGGUGUAGAAAGAGCCGAUGUACCAUCGAAAUAUGCACAGAGUAUGGAAAUAAAUUUUCGAAAAUGGUUAAAUUGGUAUGGGAAACGUUGCGGAGAAUACCGUUUGGUGAAAGGGGACUUCUUAGCUGAUGAACACCGUGAAAGUAUAACUGGAGCUACGAUAGUAUUUGUUAAUAAUUUUGCAUUUGGCCCGACGGUUGAUCAUCAAUUGAAGGAACGCUUCGCCGAUUUACGGGACGGCGCGCGUAUAGUAUCUUCGAAAUCAUUUUGUCCGCUAAACUUUCGAAUAACGGACAGGAAUUUGAGUGAUAUCGGCACCAUAAUGCAUGUCUCGGAGAUGUCACCAUUAAAAGGUUCCGUCUCUUGGACUGGUAAGCCAGUGUCGUAUUAUUUGCAUGUAAUCGAUCGAACGAAAUUAGAACGUUAUUUCCACCGCUUGAAAAACAAUAAACAAGGUGGCUUAGAUGAAAACUCUGAUUCUGUGAUAAGCAACACUGCCAGCAAUAGUAGUAAGAUUUCUAAUAGGAAUGAGAGAGGUGACAGAGCUAAGAGAGAUCUCUCGAGGCAAUUAGACAGCCCAAAUCAUUCGGAGCAACAAGGGACAAAUAGUGAUUCCGAUUUGGACGACUGCACCAUUAAAAGUCGUCGACAGCCAAACAAGAUACGAAGGAAAUUUAAUCGAAAAACGAAUGGCAUUACGAGAGCUCCAGCUAGAGGUAGACAGAGAGGAAGAGGCGUCAAGAGAGCCAAGCCUAAGAAGGCAAUCAAUAUAUCUGGAUUAGAUCUAUUACAUAGUCAGACUUUACUUAGUACAUCACCUCAAGCUCUUGGAAAAAAGCCUCCGCCUGCUCCUGGUUGUGUAGAUCAACAACUGUCUUCAUUGUCGCUUUCUUUGCAAUCGCAUUCCACUUCAGUGCACGAGGAACUCAGUAUACCACCUGCUCCGUCCGCGACUCCUUAUGCUCUACAAAUACUUCUCGAUUUGUACAGGGACCAAUUUAUGCUUAUGUUAGAAUCGAUGAGAACGCCAACUUAUAAAGUAUCCGUUAAUACGGAUAUUGCAAAGGAAAGGGAAAGAAAUUCUAAGCUUCAGUCGAGAGCGGCGCAAUUGGAAAAACAAAUCAAAGUGUUAAUAGACGAUAGCGUAGCUCUUUUGAAAGCGAGAAUGACUGAAUUAGGUAUCAAUGCAACAUCACCCGGAGAUCUGUUGUCAAAAGCCAAGGAAAUAGUUCUAAGACAUAAACAGCUUCAGGCUAAAGCAAGCAAAUUGCAAGCGCAAGUGGCGUCUAUGGAAACUGAACAAAAUAGGCUAGUGACUCUAAGACAUCAAGAAUUGCAGGAAAAAUAUAAUGGUCUCUCAAACGGCAUGACAAAUCCACAUCAACCGCUCACUGAGGAUUAUUUGUUGAAAGAAAUUUCUGCCACUCUUUCUCAGCGUAAACGAUUACAUUCUCAAGUUUCAAAAUUAGAGCACGAAUUAAAUGUAUUGGAGAGGACCAGUAACGAAAAGCAAGCCGCUGCCAUUGCUCAGCAACAAAAGGACGCAAUUGGUAAUAAACAUCCUCAGAAUGUACAUCACGGUGGUCAACAGCAGAGUAAUAAAAAUGGAGGAACACGUAAAAGUAGGGAAAGCCGUUCGAGGUCACAGGACUGGCCCGACGUUCCGGAUAUAGGAAAGAUACAGGAGAAUAAUCCCGAACUAUUAGCGCAAAAGAUAUUGGAAACGGGAAGACAAAUAGAAGCGGGUCGUAUACCAAACAGACAGAGUGGCAACAGUAAUUCCAGAACUCGACUGCCACAAGCGUCUCUCAGUUUUUCCACGUCAUCCUCUAUUUCAUCUACACAAUUGCAAACGACUAAUAAAGACGUGCUGAAUAGAACUCAAGAGCCACCCAGAGUUACCAAUUUUGAGGAUAGACUAAAAAGUAUCAUUACGAGUGUAUUAAACGAGGAUCAACAAAAUAGGAAUAAGCAACAACAAAUGCAGUUACAGAUGCAAAUACAAAAUCAGUCCGAAUUUGAGAGGAAACGCAUUUCGUUACCACAGAAUGUUUCUACUCCGGAUUAUACUCAAGUUUCACCCGCAAAGCUAGCGUUGCGUCGUCAUCUUUCGCAAGAACGCCUCUCGUCUCAUUUGACAUCAUCCGACAGAUCAACGAUCGAUUCUAAGCAAUCGUCGAAUUACGAUAAUCGGCUUGUAGCAGGUGCGAGCGGGUUACUCGGUACCAGAACAAUUGGUGAUCUCGUCAGCGGAGAGAUAGAAAGGACUCUAGAGAUAUCCAAUCAGUCCAUAAUAAAUGCCACUGUUGAUAUGAGCGCAAUGAUGAGACCCGAAACUGUGUAUUCUCCGAUUAGUAGGCCAGCGAGUGCUGAAGGAGACGCCGGUUUGUCGACGUUAGCGCAUGUCGCCAGCUAUGCGCCCACUUCUUCGGGAGCUUCUACUUCUACAUCUACAACCAGCUCACGGUCGUCUGUGCUCUUCACUCCGGUAACGCAACCACAAAGGUAUACGCCGGUUCAAUUGCCGCGAGCAGAUAUUAAACCCUACCAUGAGUCUUACUUUUCGGAUAAUCCGUCUCAAUCACUUACACAAUCCCAUUUAGCAGCAUCGCCUCUACAUUCGUCUCAAAACGCAUCGAAUGGCGAGUUGUUACCUGUAGAGGGACUCGCAGCAUCGUUGCACGCUCGAAUAUUAAACAACCACAGUAGUAGUGGCAAAACCGAGUCAACUAUUUCCGGCAAUAGAAGAUAUCAGCCGUACCCGAGAUAUGCGACAAACGGUAGUAAUGGAAACGCAUCAACAAGCGGCACAGUAACCGCAGUUUGUCAAUCACAACCAUUGAUGUCAGUAAAAACGGAAGCGGUUGUGUCAUCGGUAAACACAAGUGGAGCGCCUCUGAGUCCUCUUGCGGAACCGCAUUCUAAUACUUCGACGCCGCUAGUUGACGAACCUCAGAUGACAACGCAAAGACAACGAAAUGCCGUUGGGGAUGACGAUGGAGAAGCUGACUGGCAAGAUCGUAUCAGUUCAGGAUUCGAUCGCUUGGUCGCAUUUGCUUCCACAGAAUUGGAUAAACGUAGACGAUCAACGGAAGGAGUGAAUACAAGUCCUGAUAGCGGAUUAGGUUCGGACAGCGUUGUAACCGGGCCACCGCCUGUAGUACCCUCUCCCGACGAAGCGUUAGGACCGCCGAGAACACCUUCUCCAACUAGUCCUCGUCCUGCAAAUUCAUCCUGCAGUAACCCCUCGAAUAGCGCGUCCUCCUCGGUACCUCUGAAAUAUCAACGGCAACCAGAUCCUGAAAGACAUCAUUUUAAGAAGAAAUUUUUUCAUCGUGAUUGGAAUAAUUCUGCAAGUACCAGCAAGUUUCGUCCUAAAGGCAAAGAUUGGGAUUGGAAUCAUUCUGGGCAGUGGCCCUCGAAUGACGAACAAUCCUAACUAUCUACAUUGUGCGAAAAAUAAUUUUCUAUAUGAAUAAUGAUAUUUCUCUAUAUAAAUAAUGAUUGGAUUUUCUUUGCUUUUUCUUCCGAGCCUAAGUGAAGGAAACAAAGGGAGUAUUGUUUUUAAUCUUUUGAAGUUCUAUUAAAUUAUUACAUUUGUUCUCGUUUUGUUAUUAAUAACUCUUUUAUAACGACAACACGUUUUCAUCGUGAUAAUACACGCUUACAAUAUAUAAAAAAAGAUAUCAGGGUGUUUGCUACUGGAAGUUUUCAGGGACUUUAUUUCUUACUUGUUCUUUGGAUUUUUAUAAAAUUUUAUUGAUACUCG